AUGUUCCCCCGGCGUGGUGACGCCAUUUGCACUUCGCGACGGUGUGACCUGCGCCACCUGGCUGCGUGGGCGGAGCGCGUGAUAACACGCAGGCAAAUCGAUGUGUCUGUUAAUGGAGUUGGUGUCCGACACCCACGCCUCCAACAGCUCUCGCCCUGUCUUGUUGCCGGCUCGCGCCAAUAUCCGCGUGUUGGCGAAAACGAACUCAUGCCCUUCCUCGAGCGUGUGAGUGGCUACUUGAGACAGUGGGUCGCCUCUCCGAACGGCCCGUUUGUGCUCAAGUAUUCGUGAGCUCAGACGUCGUCCUGUCUGGCCUGUGUAGUGGCAAGGACAGUUUUGGCACGGGAUUCGAUAGACUACGCCCGACUGUUCACCCUUGUCCAGCCGAUCCUUCAUUUUCAUGAUCCUGCUACGCAUGGUGGCCGCCGGAUGAUGAGCGAUGCCCACGCCUAGCUCUGACGCGAUGCGUUCUGUAGCCUCGGACACAUUCUUUAUGUACGGUAGGGAGUGCCAAAUUGUUGGUGUCUCUCUUCCGUUUGUCCGGCGUGGGUGUGCGCAUAUGCAGCGACUGAUAAAGCUGUUUGGGUAGCCGUUCUUUGUUAAUUGGUCCCGGAGAUGCCGUAGUUCUUGCAUCCUUCCUUCGGGCUCGCUACAGUGCGUUUUUACCCGGUCGAAAAGCGCCCUCACACAGCCCCGUUUGUGCACCAAUGGGUGGUUGCUAUGAUAGUUGAGGACCUGGGUUGUAUUGGUCGCCUUUCUGUACACUGUAGUGCUGAGUUCACCGUCAGGUGUGCGCGUGACGAGCACGUCAGGAAGGGUAGUUUUUCGUUCUCCUCGUCUUCUCUUGUAAACUGAAUGUCGGGGAAUAUGCUGUUAAGUAGGUCUUGGAAACCCGAUAGCUUGCCCUUUUCAAUAAUGACGAAUGGAUCGUCCACGUAUCGGCGCCAAAACGCAGGUUUGUAAUGGCUGAAAGCAACCUUUUCCAGCUCUUGUAGGUUUAUGUUUGUUCAAACAUUACUUCCUGUAUUUCAGUAGCGUUUGUUUUCUUUUUAUAUUAUUGGCCAGUCCACUUAAUGUGAUUGUUGGCGUUUAGUCCGUCUCCCUCAGAAACUGAAGUAGUACCAAUAUUCUACAGCACAAUUAUGCAUAGACUGACUAGUUUACAGCAGAUUUAAUGUUAAUGUUUUAACCACUUAGAAAAAUUCGUCUAUCUGACCGGUUUGAUGUUUUUUUUUCAAUUUUUGAUAUAAUUCGCUUCCUUGUAACAAACGGGGAGUUCAAAGGUUCAACACCUACGUUUCCCUCAAAUAAACUUAACCGAGCUGAGCUGAGUCGAAAAAUAUCGGGAUUCAUCAGCUGACCCAGGCUAAGGGGAAAUACAUCUGUCAGAAUGUUUUUGUCUCACAGAACAGAUUGAAUUGUGAGGGUAUGAGAACCAACCAGUGUCCUGUAAGACAGGCGCAUUAUAACCUCCUGCAUUAAACCCCACAAGAUGAAAAUGGUCCUAGGCGCUUGACAGCCAAACAGCGAAAAGCACUGGUUUCACUCAUCUCCUUCCACUGGAAACAAGAAGAGCGUUUCUACUCUUUGGCGCUGUAAUAACAACCUCAAAACAGUCCGAGCAUCGUGACCGACGAUGUGCAAAAUGUUCUCCACAGUGGAGUGGGAGCAGGGAUGGCGACUUGCGCAUGAAUUAUUUAAUUUAAUUAUUAGACUUGAGCUGUAUCUACCGCACUCGCGUCCCAUCCCACACCUGGAUACAACACCAAGGAGACCGCAGACAGGAGGGGGGGGAGCGGAUUGUUGGUGCAGUGAAAACAUGCACCUAGGCGUACCAUCACACCCUCUGGUCCACAGCAUACAGUGAAUGACAGAUUUCAUGAAAUUUUAACCAAAAUUCCGAAAUGCGUUUCCCACUAGGAAGGACUACUUAGGUGGGAUUCUAAUGCGUAUUAUCUUACGGCCUAAUCCUACAAUAUGUCGGAAUUGGCAGGAUGUCUGCUUUUGAAUACAAUGGCUUUCAAUCUCUUUUAGAAGCCAUAGUCGGUAAAAAAUGGCUAUUUAGGUAGCAAUCAUUUUUCACACUGAUUUUCGAUGGCUUGCAAAUUCAAAUAUAUUUUACAAAAACAUGAACAAAAUAAGCCUUCUUUCACUCCCUUAAUAGAGCAUAUACCGUCUUAAUAUUAUGUACUCGAAGAAAGAGUAAAAUUGGGUUUUGAAAAAGUUUCUAAUUAUGUGAUUUUUUAAGACCGUGCAGUGUCCAUUCAUACAACACGGUACACUUCCAUUUGCCACUGCUUCUCAUGAACUGUACAACGUAGUCCGCAUCCACUGCAAAGUUCUAUGGACUCUAUAUGGUAUUUUAUCACGCGCUAGAAAAAUAUAGGAUUUUCCUUGCGCAGAACGCAUGCACCUUGUAGAUUGAAGUCAUUAAACGCCAAUGCAACUGCUAAUCAGAAUCAACUUAUUCAAGAAUUGGAAAAAGUUUUAAAAUCCUUAUUAUAUCCCUUCUUCGAGUUAGCUAUGUGAAGAUGACGUAAUUCUCUACCGAACAACUGGAAGAGAGCACGCGUUUGUCCGUGGUUUCUAUAAAAUAUAUUGAAAUUUGCAAGACCAUCAAAAAUCAAUGUGAAAAAUGCAUGCUAAUUAACCCUUUUUUUACUGGGCGCGGUUUCUACAGGAGAUCGAAAAGAAGUGUGCGCAGAAACAGGCAUCUCGCCACGUCCAAAAUAUUAUAGGAUUAUGCCGCACGAUUAUAUUUACUAGAACCCCAGCUAAGUAAUCCUUCCUGAUCGAAAACACAUUUCGGAAUUUCGGCUAACAUUUUAUGAGAUCGGUCACUCACUGUACAGUGGGCGUAAGGCCCGCACUGAUCUCGAAUGGCGCAGAGCAAGCCCGCCUACCGUCAAACCUAAAAUUUUGACAUUUGUUAGGGGUUCGCAUUCCGAUAACGGUUACCGGACUCCGAGCUAGCUUCCGUCCUAGUUCAACUCACCUACGGUGCAUUACACAGGACAACAUCUUCGAGCCUGCGAAUGGCUGCUGAAUUUCUGACCAAUUUAGACAGUCCCGCAGAGUCAACUGUAGCUUUAUUCGCACUUGUCAGCUCUACUGACGAAUAAAUUAAUAUUUUUAUUUCAACAUAGCAGAAAGCAGCUGCUAUCAAGAAUAGUAUUCAGUGAAGCGGUUUGUGAAUAGACGUACUUUAAAAAAGCCUUGAGUCUAAGAUGCCGCGUUUUAAGAAGGCAUGACAAGCAUGUAAAUUGGAUUAAAUAAUCCGAGUUUGUGAUUUUAAAAACGGUCAGCUCUGCGGACUAAGGAAGUAAUAUUAUUUGUCAGAAUCUCACAAGAAAGUUUCAUCAUUGUUUCAUUAGAUUGCUCGCGCACUUCAAUUACAGGAUAAACUUUAAUCGUUAUUCUCGUGGGACUCAAAAUGAGCCGCCAAUAUUAAUGAUUUGAUACACCGCGUAGGACAUUCGUUGGGCAUUUAAUCAUUAUUUUUAAAUGUGCCACUUAAUGUGGCAUUAAAUGUCAUAUGCGUCUGAAAGCCGUCUGUCACCUAAAAUGCUACGUGACGUGUUGAAAAUGUGCUUUAAAAGUGCCCCGUUUCUGUUUAAUUGACAAGUAGAAAGCCAACUUGACUGAGUAGCAUUUGGGUGUUCACUAGGUCCAACCUUUGCCGACAAUUUCAUGGGUCGCCUAGAAGAAAUGUUGUCAUCGAAAUCGAACAUUAAAACACUAUACAAAAGACAUAUGAAUGAUAUAUUCCCAAUUGUUCAUAAUUUCGAGGAAUCUAAUGACCUACGUUUUGUUAUCAGUAGCCACCAUCCGAAAAGUAAAUUCAUUGUGGAAAAUAGGCCGUGCAACAAGCUAUACUUCCUGGAAGCCCUCGUAACUAGACAGAAAGAUAAUUAAAUAACACAAUCGGUUUUCCAUAAGGAUACACGGAAUGGUCAAUAAUAACUUUUGCUGAGUUUUAUGCCGAUUAAACGGAAACAAAAUCUCUUCCGAGGAGCGAAACGCAUUUACCCUAUUGAGAUAUUUAACGCAAAAAUUUCCUGCCCAGAAGAAACCUUGCUCCGGCCUGGCAAUCCAGCAAGUCUCGCCAAUAUCUUAUUGCCAAACGUCAUGUAAAAUCCAUCCAGGAAAAGCCCUUCGUAAUUUUCUAGCCCUUUACGGGCUGAUAAAUUUCAAAUAACACCCAGCGAUGACUGAAAUGUAUCUUUGAAAGGACGCAUAAUGCAACCAAUUCAAAGUAAGCUGUCAUACUAAGCCUAUUCCAAUUCCUCGGACAAAAGAUGCUCUGACCUAGCACGCCAACUCAAACUGCGUUUGCCAAUUCACAUGCACUUGUGGAUGCAGGUACAGUAGGUGGACUAACACAUGAAAUGUCAACCGAAAUUUCGAAAUGCGUUCUCGUUUCGAAAAGAUUAAUUUAGUAGGGUUGUAAAACUGCUCAACAUGCAGCAUAAUUCUAUACUGAUCCAGUUUCAUCAGGGUGUCGGCUUUCGAAUGAACUUAUGUCCGACUGCAUGCAAGAACUAUACCUGCAAAAAAAUGAUUGCUUAAGUGGAAUGCAAUUUUCUCACCGAUUUUCGAUGUCCUUGAAAAUUCAAUUAUAUUUCAUGGAAAACAUAUAUACAAAUACUCAUUCCUUUACUUGUUCGGUAUAAAAUCACGUUUUCUCCCGAUUUCACAAUCAAAAGAAGGUGGUCGGUCCAACCGUCAGCACCCGGAACCGCCUUUGUCACUACCACGUCCCUCUGGUCUCGCCUCAGGAUGGCGACAUAGUCCAGCAGGUGCCAGUGUCGCGGCCGAGAGUGCAGACAGAUCCCAUUUUUCCGCGUCGGAAGGCAAAGGAAUGCGUUGGUUUUCAUGGGACAGUGUUCAGCGCAGGUUCGCAGGAGGAGCAGGCCAUUGUCACUGAAGCCAUCGAGACCAUUGGAACCCAACACUCAUCUCCAGGCAGCAUGGCCUGUGCCGACGCGGGCGUUGAAGUCACUAAGGACAAUAUUUUUAUCCACCAGCAGUGCCACUGA